UUUCCUCACGCAGUCUCUUUCCCGGCCACAAAACGACCGUGAGUGUCUAACUCACUGUUCUUGAAAAACUCUAAUAAAAAUACAUAAAAAAAUCUAAAAAUUCAUAAAAUCAAAAUAAAAACAAGUACCUUAUACUUAAAGAAAUACAAACGAUUAAAAAAAAAAAAGCAAAAUCGUAAUUUAAAAAAAUAACAGAAACAGGAGGCCCUGGGGCUUCAAAGGAAGAAAUACUUCAGAAGACAUCGAUUAUAUAUCGUCAAUUUUCAGGUCUAAGCUGGAAAACUAUCAUCUGUCUGUAGCUGAGAAUUGACGCGCAGCUCGGACCCGGAAUAUCGGCAUUAUUUUCUGGCUUUUUUGAGGGAAGCUCUGCUUUAUUUUCUUUUGUGAAGUCCGAGUUAUGAACACAGCGACUGGGAGUUAUCCGAUGGCUUCUCUCUACGUCGGCGACCUGCACCCCGAUAUCACGGAGGCUAUGCUGUAUGAGAAAUUCAGCCCAGCCGGACCGGUGCUCUCCAUUCGGGUAUGCCGAGACAUGAUCACCCGGCGAUCCCUGGGAUACGCUUAUGUCAACUUCUCACAGCCUGCUGAUGCUGAGAGAGCCCUGGACACCAUGAACUUUGACGUGGUGAAAGGGAAGCCAAUCAGAAUCAUGUGGUCCCAAAGAGAUCCUUCCCUCAGGAAGUCUGGAGUGGGCAACGUGUUCAUCAAGAACCUCGACAAGUCCAUAGACAACAAAGCCCUGUACGACACCUUCUCUGCCUUUGGCAACAUCCUCUCCUGCAAGGUGGUGUGUGAUGAAAAUGGCUCCAAGGGCUAUGCAUUUGUCCACUUUGAGACCCAGGACGCUGCUGACCGUGCCAUUGAGAAGAUGAACGGCAUGCUUCUGAAUGACCGCAAGGUGUUUGUGGGUCGUUUCAAAUCUCGCAAGGAACGGGAGGCUGAACUUGGUGCCAAAGCCAAGGAGUUUACCAAUGUCUACAUCAAGAACUUUGGGGACGAUAUGGAUGAUGACCGGCUGAAGGAACUUUUUGACAAAUAUGGCAAAACACUCAGCGUGAAGGUGAUGACAGACCCCGCUGGCAAAUCCAGAGGCUUCGGAUUCGUUAGUUAUGAGAAACACGAGGAUGCUAACAAGGCUGUAGAGGACAUGAACGGCACCGAACUCAACGGCAAGACUGUGUUUGUAGGCCGAGCUCAGAAAAAAAUGGAGCGACAGGCAGAGCUGAAGAGGAAAUUUGAGCUGCUGAAACAGGAAAGGAUCAGUCGUUAUCAGGGUGUUAAUCUUUACAUUAAGAACCUUGAUGACACCAUAGACGAUGAAAAACUGCGUAAGGAGUUCUCUCCAUUCGGUUCCAUUACAAGUGCCAAGGUGAUGCUGGAGGAGGGUCGCUCCAAAGGCUUUGGAUUCGUGUGCUUUUCCUCCCCAGAGGAGGCCACCAAGGCUGUGACUGAGAUGAACGGACGUAUCGUUGGCUCCAAACCCCUCUACGUGGCUCUUGCCCAGCGCAAAGAGGAGCGCAAAGCCCACCUUACCAACCAGUACAUGCAGCGUAUUGCUGGCAUGAGGGCCAUGCCGGCUAACGCCAUCAUUAAUCAGUUCCAGCCCACCAGUGGCUACUUCAUGCCAGCUGUGCCACAGGCCCAGAAUAGGACUACAUACUAUGCACCAAAUCAGCUGGCCCAAAUGCGACCCAACCCCCGGUGGCAGCAACAAGGUGGUAGAGGUCAAGGUGGUUUCCAAGGGAUACCCAGCUCGCUGCGUCAGCCAGGCCCACGUGCCAGCCUGAGACACAUGACUCCUAGUGGCAGUGCACAGGGACCAAGAGCUACUGGCCAGACCAUGGGUCCUCGUCCCUCAAUGGGAGUCCCUGGCCCUCGCGCCAUGCCUCCUUACAAAUAUGCCACCGGUGUGCGUAACCCCAACCCCCAGGUGGUGCAACCUAUUGCCUUACAGCAGGCUCAGCCAGCUGUGCACGUUCAGGGCCAGGAGCCUCUCACAGCCUCCAUGCUGGCUGCUGCACCACCUCAGGAGCAGAAGCAGAUGCUAGGGGAACGUCUGUUUCCACUGAUUCAGGGCAUGCAUGCCAACCUGGCAGGAAAGAUCACCGGCAUGCUUCUGGAGAUUGACAACUCUGAAUUGCUGCAUAUGCUGGAGUCUCAUGAAUCUCUGCGCUCAAAGGUGGAAGAAGCCGUCGCAGUGCUACAGGCCCACCAGGCAAAGAAAGACGCCACCCAGAAAGUGGGCGGCAUGGCUACUACUGCUGCUGCUGCCACUUCCUGAAGACUGUGUGCUGUAUUAGAUUGGGCACAGAUAAAUGAGCAGAGAUGAGGAGAGACACACUACGCUGACUCCAGACAACUGAGUCCUCUGAACAAUUAUGCAAAAAUAAAAACCAUGAAAAAAAAAGGAAAAUGUAAUUUUAAAAUAUACUUGAAUAUUUUGAAAAAUAUUACAGUUCAUAAUUUUCUAGUUCUGUAAUACUUUUAAACUGCAUACCAAAAGCAAUAAUGCUAAUGAGUCUUGAAUUAAGGCCCUUCACUUUGUGGCGAAGGAGAGAAAUCUGUUUUCUAAAAGGAAAAUGAGCCUUGUUCUUUUUCUUUGCUUGAAAGUUUUAUGUUUGGUUUGAAAUGAUGGACUCUUCCAUCCCAUCGUGUUAUCAUGGGUGUAUGGUAUUCUCAAUAAAGGGAUGAUUUAUCAAGGUUA